UGCUUGCCAACCACCAAUAAACCAAAGAAGAAGAAAAAGAGACAGAAGAAGAAACGGGCAGCGACUCCCAAUCCCACUGGCUGGCCCGCAUUGACGCUCCAGUGUUUUUGUGGCGGCGGAAUUUACCAAAAUGGACGACUCCAAACAACACGUUGGGCCUCUUGGUGGGAUGUUUGAGUACAGAAAACUCACAGACGGAUCAAUCGACCGGCAAAAAGUAGUUUGUACUCUCUGCAGAAAGGAGUUUUCCUUUCACCGAAGCACUAGCAGCCUGAAGUAUCACAUCAACGCCAAGCACAGACCGGCCGGGGAUUUCUCUGCUAAUAUUUCGACCACCGCAACGCCCGGCUUGAGCCAAAACACUCCAACAAAACGCCGGUACCUCAGGCUGGACUUAAGUCAAGAAUCUUCUGAGCGUAUGUCUUUGAUCCAGACUCACUCAAACCACAACUACAUCCCUGAUGCUGCUCUGCCACCUGGUGAGACAUGGCUUCAAGGCGGACCGUCGCGAGCAGUGCUUUCUUUGCCUUCCUGUUUGUGCAUUUACGAUCCAGGACCUUCUGAUCUGGGAUCCUCUGGCGAUGUGCAUAUGGACCAGAGGAAGGUGUAUGCCAAGUGUCACCUUCAACAGGGCAUACUCUUUGGACCUUAUGUUGGAGAAUUGACCAAAGCCCACAUGCCAACUAACCUGAAAUAUGCCUGGGCUAUCAGGAAUGAUGCUGCUUUUGUCUAUGUUGAUGCCUCUGAUGAAAACAAAUCAAACUGGAUGAGGUAUGUUACCUAUAGCAGCAGUGAGAACCAACACAACAUGGUUGUUUUCCAGUUCUAUCAAAACAUCUACUACAAGGUUUCACAGCCCAUCCCAGAGGGUGAUGAGCUCAAGGUUUGGAUCGGCAGGGAUUAUGCCAAAUUGCUGGGCCUCAGGAUGGGUGAAAAUGUGAAGUGUGAACUCGGCAAAAAGGAGACAGUUCUGGAACUUCUGCCGGACAUUCAGUUAGUCACCCAGCAAGAGCCCAGCAGCUCCUUCCAAACUGGAGACCACAGCCAAUCACUGCCUGUCAUAAGUGACGUGACCACCUUGUCAAAUCCAGAUGUAAAUGGUGAAUCGGGACAAAGUUCUCACUUCUCCUUCACUUCUCCUGUCCCAGGCUCGUCUGCUCAAUUGACUGAAGCCAUCAGCGAUUUUCUCAUCAUGGAUCUCCAGCCUCCAACUCUGGUAGGUGGAACGGGCUUCAUCAAGCUGAUCCAAUCCCUGCUUCCCACCUACAAGCUUCCAUCUCCUUCCCUGCUUGAGAAGCUCCUGGAUAAACACCACAGCAGAGACAAACAGAUCCUUGCUCAGAUGCUGAAGACGUCGAGUAACAGAGAAAAUGAAAAUCUAUUUGACCGCACCGCGCCUAUUGAGGAUGAAUGCAGGAGAUUUGAACAACCAUCCAGUGAGCGGGGGGAGGUUCCUUAUUUUGUCACUUUAAGUGUAGAUGUUUGGGUCCACAGCUGGGAGGGACAACAUUUGAGAUAUCUCACUCUCUGGGCACAUUACAUUGACUCAAACAUGAAAUGCCAGAAUGUCACACUGGCAACACAAAAACUCAUAGAGUGUGACGUGACAAAUAAUUGCCAUCAAAGCUUGGAAGCCCAAGUAAAGACCAUGGCCAACGAGUGGGGGAUAUCCCAGUUUAACCUGGUCUUGCUGGGAGGUAAGGGCAAUAACAAAAUGCGACUGCAAAUACUAAAUAAUAUGAACUGUGCGGAAAAAUCCCUUCACUCAAACUCCUCUCUGCAGAUGGAAAAAUCUGUGUCACCAAUGGAACAGUUGAAUCUACAACCGUGUCAUUCAAGUGAAGGGCUUCUGUUUGUCCCAUGUUUCUUCAGUGUUGUACAAGAGUGCAUUGAGGAACUGACGUCACACCCUGCCAUCUGCAAGACCCUGUUGCAAUUCCAGGGUGUUCUUCUAAGCCUGUUAUGGGCACCGUGUCAACACAAAGAGUCAAGUCUGAGACCCUCAAGUUAUUAUCAGAGCGUGGUGGAAACGUUGACCGAAAGGGAGCAGGCAGAGCUGAAGUCAUGGGCCAGCCAUUGUCGGCCUACAUGGAAUAGACUUUAUCCUCUCCUCAGCACACUACUCAAACAUGAAAGCUUUCGAAGUAAUGUGCAGGUAAAAUGUGAGAACCUGACGGAUGAAGACUUUGCUUCAGAAUUUGACACAAAUAGUUGUCGCUAUGCAAACUCCUCAUCUACUGCAGCUGUACCAAACAUUGCGCCAUUGCACUCUGAGUGGAAGAUCUUGGAGGAGUUGUGUAUGGUCCUCAAACCAUUGGAUGUGGCAUGUCAAACGCUUGCCAAAGAAGCCUUCCCACGCUUGUCUCUUAUUAAACCCAUUCUCACCGGCUUGCUUUCUUGCCACUUAGUAUGCCGGCCAGGGGACUCAAGCAUUUUGAAUGACAUGAAGCAGAUGGUGAGAAAGACAUUGGCAAGUCAUUACAACAAAUCUGAAGUCAACAGGAUUUUAAGUGUGGCCUGUUCCCUCGACCCCCAGUUUCAAGGGCUUGGAUUCAUGGAGAUGACGGAGCAGACUGAGACUUUUGAUUGGCUGAAGAAAGACACCAUCAGGAUAGUUGAGGACAGAAAGACACACAACAACAUGACGAUACGCUCAAGUAAGAGGUUCACCUCCCCUGAGGAACUGGAAUCAGAGAGUCAUUUCUUGAAAAGACGGAAAUUGGGUGAGGUCGACUUUAAGGACAUGGAGGAUGAAGAAGAGAUGGCUCUGCCAGAUCUCGGCCCACUCCGUAAAGUCUCUGGAAUGGAGUUUUUGCUAGGAGACUUGUUCUCCACACCACAGAGCAGGCAGGACUCUGUAGAGGAGUCUGUGGACUUGGAGAUAUCAGUCUUCAGAGCUGAUAAGGGGGCUUCGCUGGGAGUGGAGCCCCUACAUUGGUGGAGGACAAAGGCGGUGCAAUUCCCAAUGUUGGCAAAGGUGGCACAGGUGUACUUGGCUGCCCCAGCAGUGGCAGGCAACAUGGCACAAGACUUUGUUCAGGACAGAGCGGGAGCAACCAACAGGAAUAGAGACAACAUUCCACCAGAAAGUUUGGACGCAAUCCUGUUUCUGCACCACAACCACUCCAUUAGCCAUAAAAACAAAAGUUAGAAUGCCUUAUGUACGUGAAUUCCUUAUUUGCUGAAAAGUUUGUCUCCAUUUUUAACUCGAGCUUCAUUCAGACUUUAUUGUUAAAAAGAUAUACCCUCAGAUAUGACCGCUAAAAGUCAAUUGUUGUGUUCUUUGGAUUUAAGACAUUAUUUCAUAGCAAAAACGGUUAGGAUCGUAUUAAAAAUGUUGUGGUUUUUAGUUCAGUUCGGUGUACAUUGUUCUUUUUAACAGACCAUAAUAUCAUAUACCAUUACUAGGUGCAAUUCUUACAAAAAUAUAAUCAGAUAAAACCUGGGGUCCUAAAGCUCAGAUCGUUGAAUUAGUGUAAACAAAAUUGAAACUACUAUAUUUAUAACCACAUUGUAUGCCAUCAGCGUAAAAUGAAGCACAGGCUUUAACAGCACCAGUUGUAAACAUUAGCAUAUAAGGGUUUUUACAUUUAACAGCUGUGUAUAUCAUUGAGAUUUCAUGAGCUCUGAGUGCGUGCCUUUUGAAAAGCAGCUCCUGUGGCCAUGUGAUGUGACGUCCCUGAGAGAAACGUUAGCUGCAGUUCACGGGAGUGAUUGGAACUACCAUGUUUUUAAGCGGCAGCUCUUGUUGAAUGCAUGUUGUUAGUGCUAUUUUUAAAGAGAUUGAAUGAGUUUUGGUGUCCACAAACAGGAUUUUGUAGGAUUACAUGUUUUAUCAUUGUAUUGAAUUUUGUUCAUUUCCCCCGUAAUUAUUGUCAUAGUAGAAGUCUACUCAGAUUACAAUUCUAACAUUCAUGUACACAUUGAAGCCAAGUGUCCUGCAAUGUAAAUUAGUGUAAAGAACUGAACAUUAAUUCUGUUUUACAAAUGUUUGUCAUUUCAUGGAGAAAAAGUAGGGGGCGCAUGAAGGCUAGAUCGGUAUCACUUUGAAUCUAAGGGGGCAGGUCCUGUUUUCUUAUACCAUCCCAGCCCUACAAUAUGUAUCAUAAUAUAAAUAAUGAAUGCACCUUAAUCUAAAUCGGGGGGGGGUGUCCAUGUUUUUUCUGUCAAGUGUAGCAUACUGAAAAUCAGUAUUCAGGGGCCAUUUUGAUUGUUUAACGAGGCUGAAACCAGCCCAUGUAGAUAUACGCAAUGUUAUAAUAUACUAUCGUACUGUAUAUUUAAGACACUUCUAUGUCAGCUUAGUGCUAUGUGACCAAGUGUAUUAUAGUAGUAAUAUCAACAUUUAUUUUUUCUCAUUACAUUACGCCACAUUGCUCUGUCGAUUUUUGCUGUUUGUUUUUUUUAAUUGUACUUUUAAUGUGUCAUACUGUAGGUCAAUAAAAAACAAUCUGCUGGC